AAAAAAAAAAAGAAAAAAAAAAAUACGAAAAGAAACACAACAAUAAACUUCUCUAUUGCCUUUUUGGCGUCUCCCGCGCGCGCUCGUGUGUGUGUGUAAGUGUAUGCGUGAAUGUGUGUAUGCGUUUCUCUCUAUCAGUGCGUGCGUGUGUCUGUGUAAACGAGUGUAUGUGUGUGUGUGGCCAAACUUAAUCUCAAGUGUGUUCACAAUAACAACAACUACAUCAAGAGCAACAACCAGCAACAGCAGUUUUUAAUUGCUUCACGAAAUAAAUUUAAACAACUUUGCACGUGCAUUAAACCAACCAAUUAAAAUGUAUUCUUAAUCAAAUUUCGAAGCUAAAAUGCAAUUAUGCGAACAAUUUAAAUAAGGAUAUUUUAUAAAAAUCGAAUCGUUCGGCACAUAAUAAAUAAGUAAAAUCGACAUGCAAAUAUUUAAAUACAUAUGAAAUGCAACAAUAAAAGAAAAAUAAAGACAAAAGAAAUCUUUAAAAUCCAUACAAUAACAAAGUGUUCAUAAUUAUUAAAACAAAUGUAGUUAAACGUAAAAACAAAAUCGAAAAAUAAAAUCUAAACAAAAAACCCAGAAUAUGAUAAAUACAAAUUGCCAGCUUAAAUUGCAUCUGUAUCUUUAUAUCUUUAUCUCUGUACAUGUAUUUGUAUCUGCAUCUAUACAACACUAAACAACGCUAAUAAACAAAAAUGCAAACUCAAUUUCGCCCCAAUCCAAAAUCAAAAAAAUACCAAAUCGAUCCAAUCAAUCAGCCAACCAAGCAGCCAAUCAAGCGCCCAAUCAUCAAUUGCAACUGCCAUUCAAUCAUUCAACAACAACAACAAAACAACAACAACAAAAACACCAGCACACACAACAAAUGGCAAUAAUAAAUAUAAUUUAAAUGCUCAUUAUUAAAUGCAACUUAUAAAUUACGCAAAAUAAAACGAGUUUAAACAGAGAAAAAUAAACUUAAACAAAAAGGAAACGAAGCAAAACAAAAAUAAAAACAAGCUAACUAAAAAACAAAGCGAUAAAAAUUAUUCAUUUUUAAUUAAUUAUGGAACAUUCAUCAACAAUAUUUUUGUUGUGUUUGUUCCAUUGCCAAAACGAAAAGGCCGCCGCUUGCUUGCAGCUGCAGCCACAGCAACAUCAACGACCACUAGGCAAAUUAACACUGCAACAAGAGAAGCAACACACCCAACUGCAACAACAACAACAACAACAACCACAGCAACAAGAAGAAGAACAACCACAACCAAAACAACAACUGCAGCUACAACGUCACUCAACGCAUUUGCUGGGCAACAUUUCACAACAGAACGAAACAACGAUACUUAACUGAACAAGCAAAUCUACAUAAAAAAUAUAUAAGAUUAAUCAACAACAACAACAACAACUGCUACUUACGGUUUCUCAAGCUCUCUUUAAAGUAGUAUUCGAGUGCGAAUUAUGUAAAGUCAAAAAUAUAAAAGCCAAAAAAACAAAAAAAUAAAAACCGAAAAUAUUGCAAAAAGCAAACAAACUAAAACUCUGAUAAAGAGAGCCAGCUGAAAAUGCGUGACCAGAAAGCCGGAAAUUAAAUUUGCAACAGCCAUAACCUCAAGUUAAAUAAAAUAGAAGUAGUGCAAACAAACCGCAGUAGCCAAAAAAUCUCAAAAGCAAGCAAAUAAAAUAUAAAAAAAUAUAAAGAAAUAAAGAAAUUCCGCUGGCAAAUGUUUGUUCAGAUUAAAGAAAUUGCCAGCAAUUAGACGCAUAAAUUGCAGCGAGUUGAAAAAUUGUUGCGUAAAUUCACAGAGAGAACAACUGGGGGUAAAACAGAAGCGAAAAGAACAGAAUAGAGAAUAGGGAAAAUCGUAUUCAAAGUAAAACAAACGGCAAAAUAUUCUAAAUAAGUUGGUUAAGCUGUGCGCAGUGACAUCUUGCAACAACAAGAGAGGCAGCAAACUAAACUGCAGUUGUGCCACGCUGAACUUUGACCCACUCGACGCGUUUGUCUUUUGACUCCAGUGUUAAUCGCAGCAACGUGCCACGACGCAGGCCACUUAAACCAGGGCGACCACCAACCACAUUGUUGCAACACACAACAGCAACCAGCAACUAGCAACCAGCAACGGCAACGGGGGCAGGGACAUUCCAAACAGCAAUUCAACCUAAAAACAACGCAAACAACAAAACCAAGGACAUGGACUCGUCGUCGUCGUGCACGCUGUUUGUCGUGUUGAUCUUCCUUGUGAUAAUUAAAGAAAGCUGUCAGGGACCACACGAGAAGCGCUUACUGAAUCACCUGCUCUCCACAUACAACACACUGGAGCGACCCGUUGCGAACGAAUCGGAGCCACUGGAGGUUAAAUUUGGACUGACACUGCAGCAAAUCAUCGAUGUGGACGAGAAAAAUCAACUACUUAUAACGAAUCUUUGGCUUUCGUUGGAAUGGAACGACUACAAUCUGCGCUGGAAUGAAACAGAAUAUGGCGGCGUCAAGGAUCUCCGCAUCACGCCCAACAAACUGUGGAAGCCCGAUGUGCUCAUGUACAAUAGCGCGGAUGAGGGAUUCGAUGGCACGUAUCACACCAACAUUGUGGUCAAACAUAACGGCAGUUGUCUGUACGUGCCCCCUGGUAUCUUCAAGAGCACAUGCAAGAUAGACAUCACGUGGUUCCCAUUUGAUGACCAACAUUGCGAAAUGAAAUUCGGUAGUUGGACUUACGAUGGAAAUCAGUUGGAUUUGGUUUUGAAUUCCGAAGAUGGAGGGGAUCUUUCCGAUUUCAUAACAAAUGGCGAGUGGUACUUGCUUGCCAUGCCCGGAAAGAAGAAUACCAUAGUCUACCAGUGCUGCCCAGAACCAUAUGUCGAUAUCACCUUUACUAUACAAAUUCGCCGACGUACUUUAUAUUAUUUUUUCAAUUUAAUUGUGCCAUGCGUGCUAAUCUCAUCGAUGGCCCUCCUGGGCUUCACAUUGCCACCCGACUCGGGCGAAAAAUUAACGCUGGGCGUAACUAUACUACUCUCAUUAACAGUAUUUCUAAACCUUGUUGCCGAGUCUAUGCCGACAACGUCGGAUGCUGUUCCUCUUAUAGGAGUUACAAUUCUUCUAUCGCUCACAGUGUUUCUCAACCUUGUAGCUGAGACAUUGCCCCAAGUAUCUGAUGCAAUCCCCUUGUUAGGUACAUAUUUCAACUGCAUCAUGUUCAUGGUUGCAUCGUCUGUGGUGCUAACGGUUGUGGUGCUCAACUAUCAUCAUCGCACAGCGGAUAUUCACGAGAUGCCACCGUGGAUCAAAUCCGUUUUCCUACAAUGGCUGCCCUGGAUACUGCGCAUGGGUCGGCCUGGUCGCAAGAUCACGCGCAAAUCAAUAUUAUUAAGCAAUCGCAUGAAAGAGCUGGAAUUGAAGGAACGUUCUUCCAAAUCCUUACUAGCCAAUGUGCUCGAUAUCGAUGAUGAUUUUCGUCAUACAAUAUCAGGCUCACAGACCGCCAUCGGUUCGUCGGCUAGCUUUGGUCGACCCACAACGGUGGAGGAGCAUCACACUGCAAUAGGCUGCAAUCACAAAGAUUUACACUUAAUUCUUAAAGAAUUGCAAUUUAUAACGGCGCGCAUGCGCAAAGCUGACGACGAAGCGGAAUUGAUAAGCGAUUGGAAAUUCGCUGCAAUGGUUGUGGAUAGAUUUUGUUUAAUUGUUUUUACGCUCUUUACGAUUAUUGCAACGGUAACUGUGCUGCUCUCAGCUCCGCACAUAAUCGUGCAAUAAGGCCGCUCAAUUUAGACACUUAAGCUACACAUAUAUAUGUACACACAAAUAGUCACACACCUACAUCGUACUAUAUAUAUAUACAGUUAUUGUAUAUGAGGAGAAGUUAAGUUAAGUUCUUUUUCAAAAAAAAAACAAAAAAAAAACUAGCGAAGCUGCUUCGAUACAAAGCAAAAGAUAAAAAAAAACAAACAAAUUGUUAAUUACAUUUUUAAGUCAAAGCAAAUAAACAAAAAAGGAAAUUGAAAGGAAAAACUGAAACAUGAAACAAAUUUCGCAUAUGAAAUAUAGAAUACAAGAAGAUGCAAAAUGACACUAUGAUAAAUAUUUUAUGAACAAAAUAAAACAAAGCAAAAAUUACUGCCGUACAACAAAACCGAAGAAAUAAAGAAAAUGCAAAUUGCGUAAUGUUUAGUAAGUUAAAGAAUAUAAAUUACCAAAUAAAGAGCAAAACACAAAAACGCAAGGAAAACACUAAAACCACAACAACAACAAAAAAAAAACAUUUGCAUACAAAUAGCAAAGAAGGAAAACUACAAACACACAGUCACACACAUAUGGAAACACAUCUAUAUAAAAAUGGAAACGAUUCAAAAGGACAAAAAGGAUAUUGCAAUUAUGCACACACACAUACAUAUACUACGUGUGUGUGCGUCGAAGUUAUAAGUUAAUUAUGCUGAGUUGUUAUAAUUUAUGUAAGAAACACAUACGCUAAGAGGAGAAUACAAUAUAUGUAUGUAUAUAAGAGAGAUUGUUCCUAUGAGACAUUAGAUAUGUAUUUAAAACUCACACAAUGACACACCUAUAUAUACACAACCCCACACACACACACACACACACACACACACACGCACACUCAAGCACUUAAUUGACAAAUGCAAAGAACAAGAAAUAUCAAGAACAAGAAACAAAAGCAAAACCAAAACAAGGGACAGCAACCAUUUUAUUCGUAGGAGAAUGUAAGAAAUUCAGCAACGGACUUUACUUAAGCAACCUUUUUUGAUUAUUAAUUAAUUACUGAUUAUUUAUGAAUUACAUCGUAGAAUAUUAAUUCACAACUUGUGUUUACAUCACGUGGACCAAAAGUAACACAUUUUGCUUCUGAUAAACUAAAUAAGUUUCUUCUAUUGAUUUUUCAAAGCUAUCCAGAAAUAGUUUAGAAUUUUACAAUAGUUUCUACUGAAAUCAGAUCUCUUAAAUUUUGUAUAUUUUUUGAAUACAAAUUCCAUAUUAAAUUUUUGGUUGAGCGUGCGUAACAGUUGUGUGCAUAGAAUAGCACAUUGGUGGGCAUAAAUGGUAACAAACUGACACAUAAUAAUGAAUAUGAUUAUAUAUAUAUAGAUCUAUAUAUAUACAUAAAUAUAUAUAUAUAUUAAUAUAGUAACAUAUAAUUAAUUUUUAAAAGGCGCAUACAAACAAAAUGAAAUACAAAAACAAAAGAAAAACUUUGAGAAUAUGUUCAUUGAACAAGCUGUUUUUAGAAAAUUUAUUGUUGAAAUAUUGUAGCAAAUUGAGAGAAUACUAAAACCGAAUACCAACAAAAAAGACAACCAAACGUUAUAGUCACCAAAUAAACAACAAAAACAAUUUAGUCAAAUGAAAAACUAGCAAUAUGAAAGGCAGAAAAUAAGUAAGGAAAAUACAAGAAAUAAAACAAAACAAACAGGUGUAUAUAUAUUUUAUGACACAUAUAUCACCAGCAUAUACUCGUAUACAUACAAUAUAUAAAUACAUAUAUUUUUAAUAAAACGGAAACAGGCAACAACUAAACACACUUAGCAAAAGCAGCAAAUGAAAACCCAAUAUAAAACCCAACCCAACCAAUCAACUAACCAACCUAAUAACCAAACAGACUAACACACAGACAAACAAACAACAAUGACAACACAAUUUUGUUGGAAAUUUCGUAAAAUUCUUUUACUAUAUAAUUUCAUUUUGUAUUGAAAUUUCUGUUAAAGUUCCUCUUCCGAGUAUGAGCUUUCACGCUUUCAAUUUUAUUAAUAUCUCUCUGAAGCGAAACAGUGAUAUUUACGGUCGAAAACGAACAAAAAUGAAACGAAAUGAAAACCAAAAUAAAAGCUCCCAGAUUGUAAAACUUUUCAAAAACCCACCUAUGAAACCUUUUAAUGUACAUGUUUUCUACACAAAGCCAAACAAAACGAAACAAAAAGCAAAUGAAAAUGAAACAAAUAAAAUAAAAAACCUACCUCCUCGUUGAAACGAUUACAUAAUGAAUAUUUCACGAUGUACUCGUAAACACUGCCGUAUAACUCGCACGUACUCGCUCUAUCCAACGAUCUAUACUCUUGUACUUAUAAGUUAGUCCUCUCUAUGGUAUAUUUCACUCUCUCACUUUCAAUCCCACUUCCCACUCUGGCAAUCUAUUUAACUGUCUAUAUCCCUGUCUCUGUAUUUCGUUGUCUCUGUAAAUUUCUAACAGAAUUGUGCUCACAUCUCAUUUGAUGGUAAUUACCAGACAAAAUGUUACUUAAAAGCUAUUCUUAAUUACAAAGAUUCACAUCGUAAACUGCACUUACAGCAAUCCAAUAUACUACGAUAGUCCCAGCAAUAUCCAUAUGAGUGCUAAAUCAAUCCUCACGUUUGUGGGAAAAAAAACAACUAAAGAUCUGAAAGUUAUACGACUACAGCUACAGGGCACUCAUUUUGUAUAUGUAUUACGUAUUAUUUGCAUUUGAUAUAAUGUAAUAUUUACUUACGCCCAAUAUGCGUAAUCCUACCGAUAACUGUGUCUGUCCCCCUAAGGUUGUUUAUAGAGAACUACUAUUUAAAAACAAGCAAAAAAAAAGUGUUUUGUGUUUCCUUUCAUUGAUUUGCAAUUCGCGCAAUUAGCAAAUGGAAUUCAAUUGGAAUCAGAUGCGUUAGGCCUAUUAAAUAAUUUUAAUUGUAUUAAUAUUAUUAUUUUUUUUUAUAUUAUAAUCUAAUUUAGUGCUAAUCUUCAAGCAACUAGACGCAUAAUUAGAUCUACUAUGUACUAGUACUUAUAUAUGUAUGUGUAUGAAUGUCUUUUUGAUAAAAAGAAGCUAUUUUAAAUGAAGCAAAACCAUUUUCUACACUCUUUAAAAGAAUGAAGUCUACAUGUAUGUAUUAUAAUACUAUAGCAUUAAAUAGGCAAUUAUAAAAAAUGAUGAAAAAUGAGAAAACCCCCAAAAAACAACUAUAAAAUAAGCGUCCUACAUUAGGAGAGGGCAACUAAAAAAACGAAUUUAAUAUUACAGCAAAAAGUAAUAAACGUUUAAUAAACGGAAGAAGAAGAAGGAAAAUUGAAAAUAAACGUAAAGAUGAAGAUGGAAAAAGGGUAGAGAAAAUUGACAUUUCAUCAUUUGGAAAAGAAAAAUGAAAAAUACUUUUGCAAAACUAAAAUAAAUUAACUAAUUCUUCAGAUCAGAGUUUAAACUAAAUGCUAAUGCUAAUUAAUAAAGGUUGGCACACAAGUACACAAAAAACUCUACACACACACACCCACACAAACAUGACAUACACACACAGAUUCGUCUUAUUCAAUAAAGAGCAACUCAACAAUUCAAACAGCGACUUCCGUUUUAUUUAUUAAUUUUGAAUAAUUUUUGUUGUUUUUGCAUGCUCAUGCAGAUAAACAAGAACUAAAAUCUCAAUAGAUGCUAAACAAGAAUGAUCGGUUCACAUUUUAAAAGAUAUAUAUUUAAUAUUAGCAUUUAAAUAAAAACCAAAACAAAGUAGGGUAAAAACUGCAAAUGUUAAGCACUAAAACUCACCAACCAAAAAUACAAAAUCCAAAAAAACCGUUAAAAUAAAUCCCAACGCCUAUCCCAGACAAACCAAAAAAAAAGCAAAAAAAACUAAAAGAACUACCAAUUCAAUUUAAAUAUCUAUUUGCAUAAUUAAUAAACCGUUACCGCAAAUUGUGUAAACUUCAAAUUGACAAAAUGAAACCCAAUUUAUGCAUGUAAAAAAAAAAAGACAAAAAGAAAAAAAAAAACAAAAUUAGCAAAAAAGUCUGUUGUCGAUAAGAAUUAUUGACAGACAAAUAAGUUUCGUCACAUUGACGAUAAUAAUUAAUUGUAAGCUGA